UAAAAACAUUUGCAUCUUCAGAUAGUUUAGGGAAGGUCCAAGAAGUAGCAAACUGGCUUUUGGAAAUGAAUCAGGAACUGAUAUCUGUUGGCAGCAAGAGACGACGAACUGGUGGGUCUAUUCGAGGUAAUACUUCAUCAAGCCAAGUGGAUGAAGAGCAGAUGAAUCGAGUUGUGGAGGAGGAACAACAGUUACGACAACAAGAUGAAGUUGUUGCAAGAAAUGGGGAAAUUGGUGGAGGCCAACCUGGACUGUGUCAUAGAAAUGAAUCUCAAUUGGAAGAAAACAACAACAGAUUUAUUGAAGUAGAUGAAGAUUAUUCUGGCAACCAAGAAGAGGAGGAAGAAGAUGAACAUACUGGCAUACCAGAGGAAGAGGAGGACAUGGAGGAAGAAGAAGAAAUGGACCAAGACAGUGAUGAUUUUGAUCAAUCUGAUGAAAGCAGCAGAGAUGAACAAACUCAUUGUAACAGUAUCACAAAUUCAAACGGUAACCUGGACUUAGCAAUACAUCAGCAGUCAUCACCAUUCUAUAUUAAAUCUAAGAACUUUUGCCUUUAUUCUUUGAAGUACCCAUAAAUAAGAUUCCUCUUGAUUUGUCAGACACGAUGAAAAGAAAGUUAGACCAUGGUUCGGAGGUCCGUUCUUUUUCACUGGGAAAGAAACCCUGUAAAGU